CAGAUGGCAGCUCGUUAGAAAAUGACAGAAUCAGAUAGCUGUCAGUUCAAACGUAUGUGAGUGUAUAAGUCGAAAGCCGCGAUGAGCUUAGAUAUCGAAAAAAUAUUUUAUAUGAAUAACCUAAUCCAAUAUUCCUAUUUUUGUCGAAAAAAAUAAAAAGAAAAACAAAAAUGAAUGUAUUGAAGGCAGAGAUAGAACGUAAGAGAAAACUGUUGGAAGAGAAAAAUAUUUUGAACACUUCGAAAAAAUACUUCAAACGUGGUGAUCUUCUGGCUAAAGAACAGGAAGAGUACAUGAAGAAGUAUGGUCCACAGAAAAACAGCGAGGAUGAUCACAAAGAAGUGGAAUCUGUAAAAGUAAAAACUCAGGAGGCCGAUACGCAACAAAGUGAAAAUGCUGCAUUGCCAAGGGCAGAGGUUAUCAAAAGAUUAAGGGAACGUGGACAUCCUAUUACUUUGUUUGGGGAAUUGGAAGUACAAUCAUUUAAAAGAUUACGAAGGAUUGAGAUUCAGGAACCUGAAGCAAAUAAGGGAUUCAGAAAUGAUUUUCAAGAAGCUAUGGACAAAGUGGAUGAGGCAUAUUUAAAUGAGAUUCUUGCACUGGGCACUCAGACUGAUAGUGAAAAGGCACACAAGGAAGAUGAUUUAGAUGAUUCUAUUACCUAUGAAACUAUACAAGAGAUGGCCAAAACAAUGGGACAAGGUGACAGAAUCCAUGAUAUGAAUGUUAUAAUGACUUUGCUACAAUUCUUAUUAAACAUAUGGGGACAACAACUCAACUCUGCAACUGCUGCUGAAAAAACAUCAACCAAACACAAAAUGGCUAGAGCAACAUACACUCAGACACAAGUAUAUUUAAAGCCAUUAAUGCGCAAACUGAAAAAGAAAAAUUUACCAGAAGACAUAUGUGACAGUUUAAUGGAAAUUACCAAACAUCUGUUAGAAAGGAACUACAUAAUGGCAAGUGAUGCAUAUCUUCAAAUGGCUAUUGGCAAUGCCCCUUGGCCUAUAGGAGUGACUAUGGUUGGUAUACACGCCCGUACAGGUCGAGAAAAGAUUUUCUCGAAAAAUGUUGCUCACGUAAUGAACGACGAAACGCAACGAAAAUAUAUACAAGCAUUGAAAAGGCUAAUGACAAAGUGUCAAGAGUACUUCCCAACAGAUCCAUCUCGUUGUGUUGAAUAUACUAAGAUAAAAUAAAUAUUUUUUUGUA